CUUAAAGUUGCAGCCUUUUCUAAUAUUACAUUCAAGACAUAUAGCUUGGGGGGCGUCGAUGGUUAACUGUUACGUUAAUUUCUGCCGUUUUUAUAUACAAAACCGCGUCGAAAAGCUUCAGUCGAUAGUCAUCACGUAUAGGAACUGAAUUAGCAACACAAUUUUGUAUUCAUAUUAUUUUUUUUAACGACUCGAGGCGGCAGUUGUGCGUUUCUCUGUUAUAAAAUUACAGUCGUUUUGUGCUUGUCAAAAACGUAGCUGUUUUUAUUCAUGUGAUGGAAAUGGUUAACUGUGUCCUGGACAUGCUAGUCCAGUUUCACUCACUGAAAAGCUGCAGGAAUCAUGGGAGCCGUGUUCCUGCCAGCAGAUACCGCGCACUCGGUGCUGCGGAGGCUCCCGAGAGCAAACUUCUUCUUGGAGGAGAUGAAACAAGGGAACAUCCAGCGAGAAUGCAGGGAGGAAAUCUGCAAUUAUGAAGAAGCCAGGGAGGCGUUUGAGAAUGAUGAGAAAACGAGGCGAUUCUGGGAAGAGUAUCAGCGUGAGAGCAGUCCCAGACCUGGAGGACUGGAGUCCAUCGCUGGUGGCGUUCAUUCCCUGUACUUGAUCUUACCCCUGCUGCUGGUUUUGCUGCUCAUUGCUGCGGUUUCCAUCACGGUUUGGAGGUGUCACUCACGCAAAAGAUCCCAGCAGAGCCCUGCCAUUGGGCGUCCACAAAGAGACACAACCCUAUCAGUGGUGUCAAUGGACCAGUGGGGUCGGGACUACCAUCCUGACAUCAGUCCUCACUCAGAGAUCAGUGCCCACAGUAGCCCCGCCUACCCAGGUGCUGACCUCACACCUGGGCGGGGCAGUCGGGGAGACCCGCCCCCUUCAUACGAGGAAGCUGUGGGCCAUACAGAUAUACAGAUUGAAACAGAGCCUCCACCACAAUACGAUGACAUCAUCAGUAACCACGGUAACACAGUUAUUAUCUCCCAGGGAAAGUGAUGGAUCUUCCAGGCAUGUUAUCCAGCCUCAUGUAGGGAUGCAUUUUGAUGACAAUACACCGAUACUGUAACCCUGUCAUUCCUUAUUCGCUGUGUCACCCUUCUGUUUUAUCGGGAACAUGCUUUGGCCGUUUAUUUUUUUAGUACUAGAAGUAUUUUUUUACAAUGUCACUACUUUAAUGACAGGCUUUUCAACUCCAACACUAGCAAAACAGCUUAACAUCUUUACUUAAUGUGAAAACAACUAAUGCAACAACAUUAUUCUCAGUACUGUUAAUCAGACAUUGUUAAACAUUGCUGUGAUUUCAGAGAUUUUUAAACUCAUAACCGCAUGAAUCCUGAUCCAAGCCCAAACCCAAUGACGAAGUACUGUAAUGUCAACAGCCAUUCUUCCGAGUUAGUAGGUCCUAUGAAUCUUGGAAAUAAACUGAUCACUUGGUCAGUUGUGUCCUCUCAUGGGAUAAUUUAAAGGGAUAGUUCACCCAAAAAUGAAAACUCUGUCAUUAAUUACUUGCCCUCAUGUCGUUCCAAACCCACAAGACCUUCUUUCAUCUGCAGAACACAAAUUAAGAUAUUUUUGAUGAAAUCAGAGAGCUUUCUGACAAUGGAACUAUCACAUUCAAAUCUCAAAAAGGUAGUAAGGACAUUGUUAAAAUAGUUCAAUGGUUUUAUGAAGCUACGAGUACUUUUUGUGUGCAAAAAAAGAAAAAUAGCAACUUCAACAAUUUCAAAGAGAAGAAAAGAACACAAAGAAAUAGAACAAGAAAGUAUUCUCGUAGCUUCAUAACAUUACAGUUGAAACAAUGAUGUCACACGGACUAUUUUAACUUGUCCUCACUACCUUUCUGGGCCUUGAACGUAGUAGUUUUUAUAAAAAAAAAUAUCUUAAUUUGUGUUAUGAAUAUAAGCGAAAGUUUGGAACGACAUGAAUUCAUGCCAGAAUUUUCAAUUUUGGGUGAACUAUCCCUUUAAAACAUUUGUAAAUAAUCAGAUUCAGUGGGAAAAUGCACAAUAUUUUCAGGAAGUUGUAAAUUGUAAUGUUUACUGACAUUCUGUUCUUUAAGGUUCAUUGUAACCUUUAUCAAUAGCCAUCUAAGCUUAGGUUAUCUCUAUAUAAUUGCAUAGACAUCACUAUGCACUGGACUCACAGCCUCAAUGAAAUAUUGAUAUUGGGUUUAUUUUCUUUUUCCACUAGUUGAGGUGUUAAACACUGUGUGUUAGAUUUAGUUAGCAUGUUGAAAACAUUUCAGCUGAAUGGAUAACCGGUUAACAGUGUGAAUUUGCUGAUAAUAGGUUGCUGAUAACAUUGACCAAACAUUCUAUCCCGAUUUUAUGUAGCAUCUUGGUUGUUAAUGCUGAAUCAGCCUCAAUGGGUACCAUGGCAAUGUAUGUGAGGUUUUAAAUCGUAUUUACUUUUGGGAAAAUACAAUAGUGAAAGGAACAGUUUAGCCAAAAAUGAAAAUUUGCUGAAAAUUUACUCACCCUCAGGCUAUCCAAGAUGUAGAGGAGUUUGUUUCUUCAUUAGAACAGAUUUGGAGAAAUUUAGCAUUACAUCACUUGCUCACUAAUAGAUCAUGUGCAGUGAAUGGGUGCGGUCAGAAUGAAAGUCAAAACAGCUGAUAAAAACAUUACAAUAAUUCACAAGUAAUCCACACAACUUCAGUCCAUCAGUAAACAUCUUGUGCAGUGAAAAAAUCAUUAAGAAGUUUUAACUUUAAACCGUUGUUUCUGGCCAAAAUAAAAAAAAAAAUUGACAGCACCGAUCCACUACAGUGGAUCCAUUGAUGAGCAAAUCAUUAAGAUCAAGAAACAAACUAAUCUAUGUCUUGUAUGGAUUGAGUGCAAGUAAAUUUUCAGCAAAUUUUCAUUUUGGCUGAACUAUUCCUUAAACUCUUUUAUUGUGCAAGUGCGGUUUGAGGUUUGCCAUUUUAGUCAAGCCACAGUGAGUUCGAUGGCAAAACACGGUAGACUAAAUGGUCUAUGCAGCAGUGAUUUCUUUUCUCUCUUUUCUCUCUUUUCUUUUCUCUAGCUUUGGAGCAAUUUACGUGGUCACGGCCUUGUGAAAUUUAUUCUUAUUGUGGCCAAGGUUUAAACGAGCAUAUUAAGCAUCCCGAGCUGGGAAUUCUAGGACAAGCAAGAUGAAUUGUCCAUUGUGGAGGUAAUUAAUAAGGAGCAAGAAGCAUGCUUUUUGUUUGUUGUGAGCUGUGUGCAGACUCUUUUAGAUUUGUUUUAGGUUUUGUUUCUCUAACCUCUUAGAGAAUGUUGAGAAGUAACAAUUAUGACUACCUUGACCAUGCUGGUUGCUUUUAAUUGAACUCUGGUAUAUUUUGAGUGUGUUGAAGGCUGUUUUCACAUUUAGUGUGAUUGUUUGAAACUGUAGUUAGAUUCAACCCUUCUGCUUUCACACUGUAGUUUUGGGUCAGAAUCGUGGUAUGUUUGCAUUUGCAAUGCAAGUGCUAACGGCAACUGUGUUCCACUAUAAAUAGAGUAUGCUACAAAGCAUUACUCUUUCCUCACGACAAAUGAUUUUUCGGUAACACACUAUCUUGACAUCUUUAUAUAUUAUGAAGGUACACUACCAGUCAAAAGUUUUUGAACAGUAUGAUUUUUUUUUUUUUUAAUGUUUAUUUGACCCAAAGUACAUCAAAAACAGUGUAAUUUUGGAAUAUCUUUACUAUUUAAAAUAGUUGUUUUCUAUUUGAAUAUAUAUUACAAUGUGCUUUAUUUCUGUGAUUAAAGCUACAUUUUCAGUAUCAUUAUUCAAAUUGUCAGUGUCACAUGAUCCUUCAGAAAUCACACUAAUAUGCUGUUCAAGAAACAUUUUUAGUAUCAAUAUUUGAAACAGUUGAGUACAUUUUAUUGAGGAUUCUUUGAUGAAAAGAUCAGCAUUUAUCUGAAAUAAAAAUCUUUUGUAACAUUAUACACUAUACCAAAUAUAUAUAUAUAUAUAUAUAUAUAUAUAUAUAUAUAUAUAUAUAUAUAUAUAUUUGAGGAAAGAAAUUUUAGAAAUUAAUGCAAGGAUGCUUUAAAUUGAUCAAAAGUUAUGAUAAAGACAUUUAUGUUACAAAAGAUUUCUAUUUCAUAUAAAUGCUGUUCUUCUGAACUUUCUAUUCAUCAAAGAAACCUGAAAACAUAAUGCUUAGCUGUUUUUAACAAUUAUAUAUAUAUUUUUUUAUUUGAGCAGCAAAUCAGAAUAUUAUACUGAUUUCUGAAGAAUCAUGUAACUGGAGUAAUGAUGCUAAAAAUUCAGUUUUGAAAUCAGAAUUAAUUUACAUUUUAAAAAAUAUAUUUCAAUAAAAAAGUUAUUUUAAAUAAAAAAUAUUUUACUGUUUUUGCUUUACUUUGGAUCAAAUAAAUGUAUGCUUGGUAAGCAGAAGAGACUUCUUUAAAAAAAGUUUAAUAUUUGCAGAUUCCUUGUUACAUCUCGAUUUGCUUGUUUAUCAUGUGUUUUAAUACAUAAUAUUUUCAAAAGAUGUAACAAUGAAUAGUCAAGUAUUGUGGUUACAAUUAUUCAUGAGAUCAUACAAUGCAUUUAAAGGUAUGUGCUUCAGGUAAAGUGUUUCUUCAGACUGUUAAAAACAUUUUGGAUAUUUGACACUAACUAUCAGGUUGGGCUUGUCUGUGUGUUUAACAGCAAGCGGACACUGUUUACCUCAUACCAUUUAUUUCUGGUUUCGAGUCUAGUUUUCACCUCAAGCCCAGCUGCACUAAACAAAAACCAAGAGAAAAACAGAUUAGGAUCAAAUUAUGGGAACAAGCCGUCCUAGUCCCUUAAAAAUACUGAGGAAAUGAGGAAUGAAUGAGGAAAUAUUCAGUAUUAAAUAUCAGGAAAGUGUGUGUUUAUGGGUAUGUGCAUAUGGGUGGGUAUGAGAAAAAAGAGACCUUAAUGGAAAACAGGCAACGCAUCUGUACUUAUCCAGUAACUUUGAGUGAAUGCACUUUUUUUUGGGGCACCGACUGCUCUUUGUAAAGGAAUAUUAACUGAUGUGUAAAGGAAUAUUAAUUGAUGUGUAAGAUGUGAUGAAUUAUUAGAGAAGAAAAAAAGGCAAAUGCUGUUUGGUUUUAUCCUCUUGGCUUUCUUUAUAUUCUCAGUUCAUCAACAAUAUGCUCAGCUGACAUAAAUAUGCAAUAAAAUCCAUCACCAGCACUAACUCAAGAAAGCUUUGUGAAAAUCAAAACGGUCUUACUUUGCCUAAAAUUGUUUGUUUUAAAGGUAAUGUGAAAUAUGACUACCGUCAUUUGAAGUACAGUCUGAUGAUGGUUGGCUGACUUUGACUGAUGUUGCUGUACAUUUGCAGGCUGAUAUUUCUGUGGUAUAUAAGAGUGAUUGUGGUGGUGUUUAUUGCUUAAGCCUUACUCAGAGAUAGAUAAUGUGUAUAUAUAAAUGUAUUAAGAACAAAUUUAAUUUUUUGUAAUGAUUGAGCUUGACUUUUAUUUGUAAUAAAAGUUUUUUGGCCCUCA